UGUUUCUAUUUCCCUACGCGUUUGGCGAAGAAAUCAAAAGUUUUCAAACGAAGAACCGCCGAAUCCAGAUUGAAAAAUCGAAAUGACUCCCUUUUCUUACGAAUCCCAAUCUCAGAUUUCUCCCGGAACCCCCAUUGGAGGUGACCCAGAAGCUCAAAUCUUCAAUUUCCAAUCCGAAUUCAGCUCGGAAGACGAUCGUGACGAGUCGGAGAAGGCGACGGAGUGGAAGAACGCGACGGCGACGAAGAAGAAGAACCAGAUCUUGCUUGAAGGCUUCGUGGAGGCCGCCGAUGAGGAGAAUUUGGCGAGGACGAAGAGCUUGACGGAUGACGAUCUCGAGGAGCUUAAGGGCUGUGUGGAUCUAGGUUUCGCGUUUUGCUACGAUGAGAUUCCCGAGCUCUGCAACACCUUGCCGGCGCUCGAGCUCUGCUACUCGAUGAGCCAGAAGUUUAUGGAUGAUCACCAGAAGGUUCCGGAAAAUUCUCCGCCGGAGUCGGCGGAUUCCCCUUCGAGUCCGAUUCCGAACUGGAAGAUCUCUAGCCCUGGUGAUCAUCCGGAGGAUGUUAAAGCGAGGCUCAAGUACUGGGCACAAGCGGUGGCUUGUACUGUCAGAUUAUGCAACUGAAGGAGUCUGCAAAGUUAAAAGACUGUUGUGAAUGAACCAUUUUUCAAGAUUAUUAAAGAAGAUGACAUGGAUCUUCUUCUUCAGCUUGUGCUUUGCAAUCAAAACCAUCUCCAUAAAACUUUCCAUUUGUAGCCUGAGAUGGGUUUUAUGAGACAGUCUCUGUUUGGUCUGAUUUUGAUGAUGGAAGAAGAAAAAAGAAGAAGGAGAAGAAGAAUGUCUCAGGUUUGAGAUCAACCAAUGAUCCAUUUGACUUAUGAUUCUGAUUCAAUUCUUUGGAGGAUAAGAUAUUAACAAAUUGUAAUAAGUAGAACAUUGAGAAAGCAUUGUUUCUCUCAAAAUUUGGUUGGGUAUUGCUGAUUAUAAUUGCUGCUUUGUUAAUUUGGUGUUUUUUUUGCAAUUCCAAUCUUAGUUAGUUUAGUGUGGCUUUUAUGCAGUGGUGAGAAGCCCCAUCAAAGCUUCACCAACAACCUUUUGCUUCACACCUCUGCACAUGCUGAGGUAACUAACCCAACUGAAAAGAAUGCCAUGAUGGUUCUUUUGAUGUUCCAUUUUUUGGUCUUGUUUUCAUAAUUAUCUUUUUGUGGCUUCCUGAGUGCUAACCAAUGCUAGAUUGUGCUAACUAUUUCUGUUCAGUCCACACAUGGCUGGAUGAAUACCCGUUUGCUCGAUGUCGCUGGGAGAGGCGGUGGAGAACUGCCUGCUUCUUCUUGGUUUAUGAUUCGCGUACAUUGUGAACUUGAGGAUCUGUUUACUGGUUUUGUAUUGUGAAUCAUGGUUUCUUGUAAUGACAUGACUAGAAAACGAAGGAUCGGUUGAUCCUUCUGACUUGUGUUUCCCCUCAUUCGGUUGGUUCUUACUUUUGUGGCUUUGUGAGUGCUAACUAUUCUGUUUAGUUCCACACAAAUGGCUGCCCAAUGUUGCUGGGAGAGGUAGGGGAGAAGAAGAACUGCCUGCUUCGUCUUGAUCUAUCAUCGGUUUGCAUCUUUAACUUGGAAGUGUUUUCUGGUUCUGUAUUGUGAAUGAUCAUUUCUUGUAAUGACACGACUAGCAGACAAUUAAUCAAUCUGUUUUUACUUCU